AGCCGCAGCAGCAACAAGAAGAUUGCCGCCGCCCUCGUUUUUAAAAGUGGAGUGGGCACGUGUAGGAUGCACUUCGAGGUGCGCGACCUGUGUUCUCGUGCGGGGGUGGUUCUUCGUUUGCUUUGUGUCGCUUCCCCCUCACCAUGUGCAUAUUAGUUUCUUGUUGUUGUUGGGGAUCUGGCCAAACUGAACGAGGAGGAGCACACGUUUUUGCGCAUCGCCAGACGGCGUUAAAACAGAAAAUAGUAAAGCAGCGACGGAUCCCGGAGGGAAGAGCAGGAAAAACAUGAUGCGUGUUUGCUGGAAGCUGUGCAGAGUGGCCGGGCGGGGGGAGUCACGAGACGCAGCAAGAAGCUGCCGGAGCGGAGAAAGCGGCAACGAGAGGUGCGGGUGGUUUUUCUCUUUUCUCUCUCUCUCUCUAUCUCUGUGUGCGUGCGCGCACGGGUCCUUUCCAGAUGUACCACGGUACUUUUAGAUGAUGUGCCUCUCCCAAGGACGCGCUUUUCUGUGUGGCUCGCGCCAACGCAAAAGGAAAAGAAAGCGCUGCUUUUUUCGACGACUAGGAGUCCUCUUGGCUUUUUUUUUUCUGUCAGUUAUGCCUUUCUCGCAUUUCAUGUCUACGUUGGUGUGCAUAGAGUUACAUGUGCGUGUUAAUGCGCUUGUGUUGAUAGCUUUUUUUUCUUCUUUUUGCUGUUCUCUUAAUCGUCAGCUCUCCAAAAUAUCGUGUAUAGUUGGACGGGGUUUGCACAUUGUAUGAACUGUGCGUUUUUGGUGUUUCUCUCGUGUCAGCCCCUCGUGCCAACGUUGCCUUUUUUCUUUUUUAAAGUAUUUUCUUUUUCAUGUGAUAUUGCUUUCCAUCUUUCAUGAGAACGUAGUUCGAGCGGCUUACAUAAAAUAGUCGCCUGCACCUCUUUUUCUACUUUCUUUUCGGAUGUAUAUUACAUUUUGGUGCCUUACUAUUUCUCGGUUGACGUGUGUAUGUGUGUGUGUGUGUUUACUUGUUCUUCUCCUUUCCAUGCUCUCGUUCCAAACUUAGGUGCGUUAUGAGACAGUGAAGAAAAGAGGCGAAGAUAUGCUUUCGUCGUCUCCGCAACUCCGUGAAGUGCGUUGCUGCUGUAAAGGAAUAGAGAAAGAAAGGAAGAAUAUCAUUAGAGCCGGUGGUGGAAUUGCGCUGGCUCCGUCUUUUUUUUUCUUCUCUUUUUCCCCUUGUUCACACGUUUCUCCGUUUUUCUGUCUUUCUGUUCUACACUUCUAUUAUGGCGUUGCUGAUGAGGCACUUGCGCCUUCUUUUUUUUAAAUUUGGCUGCUGCGCUUUCAUACAAAAGCACACUCACACACAAAACAAAAAGAUCAACAAAAGAAGUCUUCUUCGUGCUUUCUGAUCAAAUUUCGUGGGUUUGCUUAGCUUUGUUCCGUCUCGGUCUUUCUUUUUUAAGCGUUUUCAGCGCUUCCUUUGAUGUUUGUGUUUCGCUUCUAUUCCUUUCUUUUACCCUGUCGAAACUCCUACUUGCUGGUUCGUUUCCUUUCGUUUUCCUCUUUUACUUACUAAAGCUAUCUCAUCUCUUAGAGACAAGAAUUGUCGCGCGACCGAUCCUCCUUUUUUUGUUGUUUUAAUUUGAUAGGUUUCACCUCUUAGGUUUUCCUUCGUCCGAACCCGCGCAAUGGGUGUAUGAUACGUACAAACUGACAAAUCAACAAACUAGCAACAAAUAGAAAGGCAAAGCGAGCAACUUCAAGGACGCGUCUUCUGUUGCCUCGAUAAUGCUCUUCAAGCUGACAGACAACUGGCGCCUGAGGGGAGAAACGGGUAGGCAAAAACACACACACACACAUGUCGAGCAAUGUGUGACAAAGUAUUCGACGCUUUUAGAUUCCUUCCCCCCCCCCCUCCUUGUGUGUGUCUCCCCAGUUAACGAGCGGCCGCAAAGCGAACUCUGACGUCGGCAGCGCCACGCAUAUACUCGCAGACGAACGAAGAAUACAAAAAGUGAAACCUUUUUGGCUGUGAGAAGGCGCUACAAAACGGUGUCUUUUUUGUCCAUUUUUUAUGUUGAACUACCGAAGAAUUGCUAUUACCUCCUUCUCCUCUCCCUUCUUCUAUAUAUGUAUUCCUUCGUUUCACUCGUGUCUUUCUACAGGACGCACUUUAGAGACGAACAAAGGAUGCGCUUUCACUGUACAUACUAGGCAACAUCCAAGUUUCUCUUUUAGCUUCGUGGCCCCAUUUGCUAUUCAUUUACCGUUUUCGGCGUUCCCUUUGUCUUGCGUUCCUUCUAUUGGAAAAAUAAAACACAAGAGAAAAACAGUAGUUAGUGAACACAGAAACUGUGAAAGGUGCGUUUGUUUGUUUUGUUAUUUCUUCGGCAGGAUACUACGCUGCGUUCUAACUUCACCGUGCAGCCACCCCUUGGGGCUUUUCCUCCCUCCGUCGCUAAAACUCGUCUUCUUGAAGUCUUCAUUCGUCGCCGCUGAGCACCAUAAGAAACGUUUAAAGGUUUUCUUUUUGUUUAAUUAGCUCCUCUUUUUUUUCUUCUCUCUGUACGUGUGUGUGAGCAUAUUUCAUAAUCGCCAAUAACCAAAAAAUAAAACCAACGCCUGUGGUUUUGCGUGUGAGUGUGCGCGUGUGUUUUUAUGUUCUUCUACGCAGCACGUUGUAGCGCAGACGGUGCUGGUGCCUGUUUGUUUGUUUUCUCGUUUGUUUUCUUGUGAGGACUGUGUUCUGCCUCUUCCCACCUUAUCGAAAUACGUUAUUCCUCUAUCGGCAGGACUUGUUUUUUUUUGUUACCGUAGCUCUGAGACGUGAAGGAAUGCCCAGCCUGGGGAAGAAUCGCAGCCACUCCAGACGGCACUCGAGUGAGCCCUCACAGACACGCGGCGGGGACCGCAAACACUCUCGGCACGCAAGGCACUCCCGACACUCUCACUCGCGCAGCGCUGCAGAUGACGCACCGCCGCCCCACCGCGAGAGCCGUUCCUCUCUGACGGACUCGAGCGCUCUGGAGUCGUUUCCGGCGGUGAGUUCCGCCCCGUAUGAAGCGGACCGCCAGCGGCGUUUGUCGAGGUCGAAUCUCUCCUCCUCUUCUCCCUCCGCCUCCGCCUCCGCUACCCUCCCGGCGUUGCACGCGAGCACCCGCGAAGACGACGCCCCUUCACACCUUCGCCGGCCAGCAGACACCGUGACGAUCCCGCAAGGUCUCAUGCCGAAGGAGGUGCCACAGCCGCUGCGGGCGGAAGAGUGCAGGGGGAUGGCGCCCGCCAAGCCGCGGCUCUCGCACAGCAGCAACAGCCUGUACACGCGGUGGGUGAACGCCUACACCUACGGCACCGCCGCGCAGGGUCAGAACAGCCUUGACAAGUACGGCGAUAAAGGGAAAUCUCCGGCGAUGGAUGAGAGGGCACAGGACGACGACGACGACGCCGACGAAUCGGCGUCUCUUUCUACACCGGCAGAGUCGCGGCGACGACCGCCCGCCAUUCAGCGCCGGCCGGAGAGGGCGACGCCGCUCGCGGUGCCGGUGCCGAAAGUGGGGUCGACGGUGCCGGAGGGCGAUGCGCUUGCCGACGAGGACGACUCCAUUGAGAAGUGGAUGGACCGCGCUGGUUAUUUCUGGGUCACGGACGGCCGCUCCAACACCGACCAUGACAUCGAGGAGGAGGAAGAGGAGAAGGAAGAGGAGGCAGAGGAGGACGAGUCUUCAAACAGCGAUGUGGUGGAGGCAAGUAACAAGACAGAGGAGGAGAGGAAUGAGAAGCCGUCUUCACUCCGGCCUGGCAUCGCCACGCCAUCACCGUCUUCAUCGAAGGGGCGCAGCCUUCCGGCGUCGUUGGCGCGUAUGCUGCACAACUCCUCGCCCGUGCGGUCCACCGCGCUGACGACGAAGCCGGCCUCGCUGCCGCCCGUCGUCGCUGGACGGGAGAGCCGCAACCGCCUCGACCGGGUAUGGACACCAAGCCCCGGGCCUUUUGAAUCAGACCGCGGUGGGGCCUCCAUGCAGGGGCCGUACUCCAUCCUCUCGAACGGUAGCGAUGACAGCGACACGGCGGCUUCCGCCAGCGCUAGGGGUGGGGCCGUCGCCGGUGGGGGUGCCUUCUCGCCCCUCCCGCCCCCCGAAUCGUCGUCCACGCCGGCGCUGGGGAGUAUUCCACGCAUGAGGGACGGGCUUGAACCCGAUCUGGACGUGUCUGACAACGACAGCCGCCACUUUGUGUCGGUGAGUUACCUGACCGGCGCAAGCGACGCCGCCUCGAGCAGCGGCAGCAGCUUGUGGUUCUCGGAUGAUGCGUCGGAGCGUGAAAUGGGGGCGGAGAUGGUCGAGAGUGACGAGGACGAAAGCUGGAGCGAUGCGUACGCAGCACGGCUCGCUACGGACGAGGCGUCGCCGCGCGAUCCGCGGCAGCACGAGAAGCCGAUGCAGCGUGGGGCAAUGGAGUCUAAUUUGUUAGACAUUGGUCAACGCGAAUCCCAUCAACAGCAGCAGCAGCAGCAGCCAGGCGAUGUUGCGUACCCGUGGGCCGUCGCACCACCUCGCUUCCGCCUUGACGGCCACAGCGCCGACGUGAUUGGGGCGCAACGUGUGUUGACGCUGCUGGUGGUGCAGGGCAGCGCCACAACGCCACAAAAGAUGAGCGUCGGGAUGCAGGUCACGCUGCCGACGACUGCAACAACGCCGAGUCCGACGUCGACGUUCGUCUCCGUGGAUGAGACGGUGGCGGUCAAGGAGCAUGAUGCGUGCAUUCGCUCCUCUCUCCUUCGCGAGGUGGCCGAAGAGAUGCGGCUCGGCCACAGCGCGGCGCUGCUGCUCUCUGUCGCGGCCGGCUGUGGCGUGGUGGGCUGCACGACGGUGGAAAGCACACUCAGUCUGCUUCUCGCCGUCAUGAUGAGACGGCAGGCGCAGGCGCAGAUCGAGCUAGAGAAGCGCGACGCGGCGACGGAUGAAGGCGCUCUCUACUUUAAAGUCGAAGCCUCCAUCGCAUUGGUGCACGACGGCAGAUUCGCGAAGGACUUGAUUGUGAACCCUGAGGAAGGGCUCGGCUCGCCGGCACCGGUGCAGCCCAUCGCGAAUCCGCUUCUGGGCAGCUGGUGCGACAACACGAUGUUUCAAGGAAUUCGAGGCGAGGGCCAAAUCAAGUCCCUACUGGAGCCCGUGCAGACGUGGCUGUCGAAGUCGCCUGAAGAGGCGGAGAAAGCGAAGGAGGUGAUCUGCGUGUACGUGGUGCUGCGCCAAGUUGCCAAUACGGCGCAGCCACGCAAUCCUCGCACGCUGACGCUGUCGUCGCUGCUCAUCUACAUCUCGCGUGCGCAGGACGGCGCGGUGGGCACUCUGCGCAACAGAGCCGCCGCCACGAUUCUGCAGCGCAGCCUGCUCCGCCGCGCUGGCGAUGGCUGCUUCACCGUGGCGGCCUCCUGUGUACAGGAGGGAACGAUGGAGACCAGCGGCAGUGCGACGCUCUGCGCGGACGCCCGCACGGUCAAGAACAACGGCUUCGUCAGCGGCGACGCAAAGCGCUACCUGGACCGGGUGCGCGGGGCAAUGACGCGGGAGGCGGCGGAGCAGGCGGCACACCCCGGCGACGAGCCCGAGAAGCAGCGGGCAGAGCGGCGGCUGAACCUGCGAAACGAUCUGCUGCGCAGCAUGUCCUGCCUCCUGUCGGAUCCCGCGGACAGCACUGUCCCCUUCUACCUCGACCGCAUUGCGGCUCGCGAGGAGGCCGCCGAAAAGGCGGCACGGACGGAUGGCGGGGGCGGCAUGCUGGUGCAGAGCAUUCUCUCCAAGGCGUUCAACAUCCACAUCCCAAGCGUGCUCGAGGCACUGGAGAUGUUCAGCGACGGCCAGGUGCGUACCGUGGCCAUCCGCAGUGCCAUGAAGACGUGCGGGUAUGAGCUGAUCGACGGCACCGACAGCGGACUUGUGCGUGUGGCGGACCGAGUCACGUUUCACGUUGACGAGCUGCGGCCGCGUCGCAUCCUUCCUCCACUGCACACCCUCCCUAUCGCCACGCACACCUCGGCGCUGUGCACGCUCUUCACUAGCGGCUACAACGCCGCCCUCGCCUCCUUUGACGGCCGCAGCGCGAACGUCUUCUCCAGCCCCGUGUGGUACGUGCUGGCGGAGGCGAUUGAUAGGGCGUUGAACCGACCAGAUGUCACACGGCGUGAGGUCCGCAUUGCCUUGUCGGUGGUUCGUGGCAGCGGCGAGGCGUUGGACUUGAUGGACCCGGACUCGACGGUGGUGCCGCUGCAGGUCUCCUCCUCUCCCCUCUUCGGCACGGCCGUACACACCUCCAAGCUGCGCCCCGUGACGUCGCAGAACAUGCUGCGUGAGCUGCUGAACACGGUGGCGCCGAAGGCCGCCUCGUUGUGGCAGCCGAACGCGUUUCUGCACGUGCUGCUCGUGAACUUCUUCGGCACCGAGGACGACGUGUUUGUCUCGUCGUUCAACUUGUCGGUCUUCGGCUCACACGCAACGCUCUGUCAGCGCAUCCUGUCGAACGACAAGAGAGCUUCGGACAGCGAUAGCAUGAUCCUGCACCCCGACGUUAUCCGCCUUCACCACGGUUUUCUCGCCGGCUCUGCCGCGAGCGUCUUCCUCAUUUCGCUGAACAAGCAGGAAGACUCUGACGCCGCCGUGACAAUCGCCCACCGCGACGUGCCGCAGCUUGUGAAGGCGCCGAUCCGCUCCGGCAGCGUUAAGGAGUUUAUCCGCCGCACGCGCAGCGCUCUGGAGCGGCGUCGCCUGCGGGCGGAGUCGGCCCCGGCAGAGGAGCGCGCCUACCUGGCCUGCGUUGAGCACCGCAUCACCGACAUGCUGGAUGAAAACGCCGCCCUCCUCGCGCCGAACUCCGAGGCGUUUCCGAAGGCGUACCUGACGGAGCACGUGGCCGCCGCGCCGCCGCCCUCCACCACUACCGCAGCGGCAACGCGACCACAAGCGGAGUCUGCGCAUCACAACGACGUAAACAAUUACACGGAAAGAAUUGCGAAGGUGGACAGCGCGGCGAAAAACUCGCUCAUCUCCGGCAACGGCAGUGCUGCACGAAAGCCGGGCGCGACCACCACGAGUUCCCGCCACCCAAAGUGGGUGCUCGGUCUGGAACUGGGCGGGUCGGCCGCGAUGGAAGUGCAGGCGGUGGGCGUGGAGUUGGAGUGGACCCCGACGAGGGAGCGCUUCGACACGGACGGGAUCCUCUUCUACAAUUCGACCCAGUCGGACGUGAAGCACCUCUUCACGGAGAACUGUGAGGCCAUGCAGCGGCUGCGCGAGGACGCGUGUGCGGCCCGUAGCUGCGCCAUCCUCGGCCUGACGGAUGGCGGUGGCGGCGCGCCCGACCUGCACGUGCGCACGCAGCCCCUAUGGCGCAGCUUCACGACGUUGGUGCUGAACUCCGCUUUCCAAGGCCGCGGUGGCGACGACGCGACGAUGUGGAAGGACGGGAGUGAGCUGCACCUUCGCAUGUGCGCCGUGCAGGAUCGCACCCUCAUCUACGACUUUUUGCUGGACGAUGACGACUCCCGUGUCGGGGCGAUCGAGCCGCCGACGAAGGUGGCACUCGCGACGAACCCGCUCUUCGGGCCGGUGGUGCGCAACACCACCGUCAUGCGCGCUGGCAAGACGUCGGAGUGCCAGUGCAUCAUCCGCAGCGGCCUGCACGCGUUGAACCUCCUCGCUGGCGAGUACCCAAGCGGCACCGUCAUCAUCGCCAGUGCGGUGCUGAAGAACGUGACGGACGACGACAUCGUGUUCUCGUCCAUCUCCGCUUUUGGUGUGCGCAUCGGCAAGGAUCUGCCAGCCCUGCGCGAUAUCCUCGCGAUGGACCCCAAAGGCGGGGCGCCGCCCUCGCUCUAUCAGUACGCCUUGCAGGGCCCAUGCCGUUUGCUCUGCCUCACCACGCUGGAUUCCUCGGCGAAUGUGCACUGCGUAGAGGCGCUGCGGCUCAGCCAAGGCAUCCGCUACGGCUCCUCGCUCCCAGUCCCGACGGGCAGUCUGCGCCGGUGUCUGCAGGAGCAGCAGGACCUGCUCGGCCGCAGCGGCACGAGUGCGCAGGCGCGCGCCAACACCGAGCACGUGGCGCGGCAGCUCGUAAAGAUGCUGAAUGACCCCUUCGCGCCGAUUGUGAUCUUCCCCUUUGACGAUGACGGUGUGCUGUCUCCGCACCACAGCAGCAAUGCGAAUCGUGGAACGCAAAAUGGUGCCAACUCUUCCUUUGCCGCCGGCACAGGGGCGAUCGGCAGCGGUGGGCCGCGGUGCCGCGUCACCGCCGUGAUCACCGCGGCAGGUCGCAGUGAGACACCCACGCUCGAUGCUCGGGCGGACACCAACACGGUCCACGUCGCGCGGACCAGUUAUCCUUUUUCGGAGGUGGUGCUGCGGGCAAACAACUCCUCGGUGCUGCGCCCCGGACUCGUCUCCUCCAUUGUUCAGCACGUGCAGCAGGGCCGUAACAGCGCCCUCAUCGUCGCAGAUGGCGCCGGCAGCACCGCCGGUGCCUCGUUGCUGUCGAAGCUGGUGAGCGUGUUUAUCCACAACACCGGCGACAACGGCCACGGCGUUCAUACAACCCUCUUCAUGGCCGUCACGGCUGUCCGCUUCCCUGUCGCAGACGCUACCACUGGCAUUGCGGAGAGUACAAAGGCGAUGGCGAAGGAUCUCUUCAGCAUGGAGAUGCGCUUUUACCCUCUGCAGGUGGCGCACUCCCCCUUCUUCGGCCCAUGCGUUGACGGCGCCCAUUUUUCUGCGCUGAACCGUAUCGGGGAUGUGUACCUCACGUUGAAGGACGCCCAAAAGGCGUGCUCGUACCUGAAGGCGACGCUGGUCGUGACGAUUGUGCUGAAACAAGUGACCCGCACCGCCGCCGGCAACGUGCAGGACGCGCUGAUGAGCUCCCUCUUCUCCGUCAUCAGCACCGCCGAGACGAGCAGCGGCGCGUACGCGUGCGAUGUCUUUGACACCAUGUUGAAUCAGCGUGAGGCGGCGCUGGCGGCGCCCUCGCCCGACGACCCGCGUGCCGUGGCAUGGCGAAAUUGUCUACUCGCGCAGGCCUUCGGUGGGAGCAGCUACACGUACGGCGUGAUCGGCCUCACGGCGAACCCCGACGAGGCGGAGGCGGCGGCGAUGGUGCGCUUCGGGGCGCGCCUGAUGCGGGUCUCGUGCCACCUCCCGCCCAGGUCGAGCGCCGUGGACAUCCUCCAACGGGCAACGCAGAAGCUGCAGGAGGGCAGCCGCGCCUCUGCGGCGGAUGUGCCGACGGCGGAGGUGGGUGUGCCAUGGGACUGGCACGAGAUCAAAGCGGAGGCGGAGGAGAUGCUCAACUCACCGGACACGUGUAAGCCGCGUGCGUUUUUAUGCAGUUGA